AACUUAAUAUCAGAUUAUAAAUACCGUUCACAUAUUUUUAAGAGAAAUAACAGCAACUUAUGGUGAUCUAAAUUCUGAUCUAAUAUCAUCUAAUAUUAUCUAGAGUUCUGAAUUUUGGUCAUGAGACAUGCCAUUUUUAAUAGAUUAUUAUUUAAUAUGCUGACAAUUACUGACAAGUACUGACAAUUACUGCAAAAAGUAAACACAAACAUUUAUCUGACAGUACAUAUUGAUUGUCAUAAACAUAAAUUGUGAUAAACAAUUGAUCCUACAAAUGAUGUUAUUCAUUAAAACAAUGUACUAACUUGAAAAGCUAAGUUUCAUGUUCUUAUUCGAUUACUAUAUUUAAGAAGCAAAUUGAAUAUGCAUAAUAUAUAAAGAUUGGAUGAUUGAAUAAAAUGCGCCAUAUAACCGAAUAUCGCAGAUCAAUUGACGAAUAUAAGCCUGUUACACCUAUAAAGAGAAAAAUGAAAGUAUAUUGGGCAUUAGCUGCAUUUAGAAUACUUUUGACUUUAGUUCCACAAACUGGAUAUAUACAUCCUGAUGAGUACUUUCAAGCUAUAGAAGUUAUAUCAGGAGAUCGUUUCGAUAUAGAUAUAUACAAACCAUGGGAAUAUAAUGCAACAUUUCCCAUUCGAACGAUUUUCAUACCACAAAUAUUAGUGGGUACUUCUUAUUCAUUUUUAAAAUUUCUUUCAUCCUAUGGAUUCAAAUUCUUUGGUACAUCCUUAAUAUCACCGUAUUAUCUGAUCGUCUUUCCAAGACUUCUUAUGUGCAUUUUAUCUUUUGUAUCUGACUACUGCCUCUACAAAAUAUGUUGUAUGUGCGGGCAAAACUAUAAAGUGAGAUUGAUUACAUUAGCAAGUUCUUAUGUAAUGUUAACUUAUGCUACACGUGUCUUUUCUAAUUCCAUCGAAUUAAUAUUGACUUCCUUACUGUUGUUUUAUACCUCGCAGUGCAUGGUAUAUUCGGAAAAGAUCAUUAUACAGAGCGAUUAUCUUUCUAACAAAUACGACCAAGCAAAAAAUGGUGUGGAACGUGUUAAAUACUAUAAACUUUUAGGAUCAUUACCUUCCCAUUCUUUAAAUCAUUGCCUUAAGAUAGCUACCAUUACUGUUAUCGGUAUAUUUAAUAGACCAACUUUUGUUGCAUUUGCAUUACCUCCUAUUUUUUUCUGGCUACAAAGAGGUCUUGGUUCUAGGAGUAUCGGUUUACUUCAUUUUCAUAUCAGAAUAUUUACUUUUAUCAUUUGCGGAAUACCUACCGCUAUUUUCUUUAUCCUAGUUGAUAGUUUUUACUUUGGUUAUUUAACGAUGGGAGAAAUAGGAAAUUUGGAUAUUAGUUUGAACAAUUUUGUAGUAACGCCGCUUAAUUUUUUAAAAUAUAAUUCCAAUCCUACAAAUUUAGAAAAUCACGGUUUACAUCCACGCUUUUUACAUUUCUUAUUAAAUAUACCUCUGUUAUACAAUGUACUUGGAAUUAUUGGAUUGUUUACAUUUGCAAGGAUGUCAUUCAGCGGUUUGAAAGGAAAAUGGCUGGAAUUACCACGGAUACAAAGUAUAGUUAGUUUAAUGACAAUAUCAUUUAUUGUUCCUGUAGCAUUAUUAUCUUGCUUUCCUCAUCAAGAACCUCGUUUUAUUAUACCUGUGAUAUUACCGUUGGUUUUCUUAUAUGCUCCAAAAUUAAGCCACGUGCCUGGUGUUGAUACAAUCUCGCAUAUUAAACAAAAUAAUCCAACUAAAUAUAGGCCAGAUGAUAAAACACUCAAGCUUACCAAACUGCAAAUGAUUUGGUAUUGCAGUAACAUCGUGUUAUGCUUAUUUUAUGGUUUCCUUCAUCAAGGUGGAAUUUUAUCUUUAACGUCGCAUAUGAGCACCGAAUUGAAAGCUAAACCUCAUCUUACUAACGUACAUUUAUAUACAUCCUACAUAUAUCCCAUACCAACGGCAUUAUUACAUUUAAGGAACACGCAUAAAACAUAUAUUAGCACUGGCAAUCACAAGUAUCGCUUGACCAAAGAUUUUUAUCUUUACGAACAGGGUUCGAAAAACCUAACAGAAGUUUAUAAUAGUAUAACGACAAAAUUGCAAGAAUGCGAAGAAAAAUUGACAUUUCAAAGAAUACCUUAUAGAUUAUAUUACACGUUGCCUUAUAGCGCUGUAGAAGAAUUCGCUGAAUAUUCUUUAAAUAAUUCUUUGUUAUUUAACCAUUACACCAUACGAUCAUUUUAUCCGCAUAUUUCAAUAGAAAAAUUACCAUCCUUCAAAAUGAUUAACGAACAUUUCAAUUUACAGAAUAUCAGUCUCUUUAGACCAAAAUCCUUGAUGCAAUUUAUAAACGAUAUAUCCAUCUUUUUUCAACAGUUUCAAUUAGCUUUGAUUAAGAUUGAAAAUUCAACAACAAAGCUGCUUGCAAAGAAGACGAAAAAUUCGCUGCUAACGUAAAAAUAUAAUUAAUCAAUUAUUUCUAAUAAUUAUAUGCCUUCUUGUAUUUUCUUAAUAAAUGCAUUGUACAUUUAAUAACCAUACCAUAUGUAAGUUUCAAAUACCAAAUUAAUUUCCUUUUUAUUUGUAUUUGUAAAUUAUGAAUGGUACACACACACAUCAUUAAAUGUCGACUAGAUUUUUGUAAAUAUUGCAGUGUAAGUGUAAGUGUAGGUGUAAGUGUAAAUGUAAGUGUAAGUGUUGUUUGUCA